AUGACAUUAUCGAAACACAUAAACGCUGAAGAUUUGGAAUCCAAGUUAUUAAAACAGACCAAAAAGACAGUCUUAGAUAACCACGAGGAGUAUAUAUUUAAAUAUAGCGCAAAUGCUACAGUACCAAAAUAUGAAAUUCCUGAAAAAAGUUCCAAUAGCGAAUUAGUGUAUAAAUACAUCAGUGAGGAAUUGUCUUUGGACGGGAUUCCUACAUUGAAUUUAGCUUCGUUCGUGAAUACGAAUAUUGAUGACAUUCCAUUGAGAUUGGCUUCUGAGAAUAUUACGAAGAACUUGGCGGAUAAUGAUGAAUAUCCGUCAUUGAUCGACAUUCAAGGUAGAUGUGUUACGAUUUUGAGUAACUUGUGGAAUGCCCCAAGUACAACUGACAAGGAAUCAGGUAAGAAGGUAAUCAAUUCCAUUGGUAGUGCUACUACAGGUUCGUCUGAAGCCAUUAUGAUGGCUGGGUUGGCAAUGAAGAAAUCUUGGCAAGCUAGGCAAAAGGCAAAUGGUAAGUCUAUUGCAGAACCAAAUAUUCUUAUGGCUUCGUGUGCACAAGUUGCAUUAGAGAAAUUUGCCCGCUACUUUGAUGUCGAAAAUAGAAUAAUCCAUAUCAAUGAAAAAUCGGGUCACUUAAUUGACACAACCAAAAUUAAGGAAAAUAUUGAUGAGAAUACUAUAGGUAUUUUUGUAAUUUUAGGUUCAACAUUUACUGGUGCAUUUGAGCCUGUUGAAGAAAUUUCCAAGCUUUUAGAUGAAGUUGAAAAAGAAAGAGGAAUUGAUGUCAAGAUUCAUGUUGAUGGUGCUAGUGGUGGUUUUGUUGCUCCUUUUGUUUAUCCUCAUUUGAAAUGGGAUUUUUCGAUCGAUAGGGUCAUUUCCAUCAACACAUCGGGACAUAAAUUUGGCUUAACUUCGGCUGGUUUAGGAUGGAUUAUUUGGAAGGACAACAAGUACUUGCCUGAUGAUGUCAGAUUUAAAUUAGAUUACUUAGGUGGAGUUGAAGAGACAUUUACUUUCAACUUCUCAAGACCUGGGUUCCCUGUAUUAUUUCAAUAUUAUAAUUUCUUGACUUUAGGUAGAGAGGGAUACACCAAAAUUUUCAAUUCAUGUAUUCAGAAUGCAAGAUUAUUAUCCAAUUUCUUGGAAGAAUCAGGUUACUUCGAAUGUCUUUCAGUUAUUCAUAAGGGAAUUGAUAAAGAAAGACAAGCAAAGAUCUUCACAAGGGAACACAAUGAUAGUUCCAAACAUUCCAAAAAGGCAGUAGUAAAUGAGGAAUAUGAACCUGGCUUACCUGUUGUUGCCUUUAGAUUCUCGAAGGAAAUCCGAGAAAAGUAUCCGGACAUUCCCCAAUCGAUUCUUUCUUUGUUGUUAAGAAAUAAGGGGUACAUUAUUCCAAAUUAUAAAUUAAGUCCAGAUGAACAAGAUAUCGAGAUAUUGAGAGUUGUUGUUCGUGAUACGUUGGGAUUAAACUUGCUAGACAAGUUGAUGAACGAAAUUGUUUCGACUAUCGAAUUAUUAAUUAAUGCUACUGAUACUAUUACGAAUCUUUCUACCAAAGAACAAUCUUCAGAGAAGAACGAGAUGAUUUACAGCAUGUUAUUGUCAAUCGCUUCUAAUGGGGGUGAAGAUCUUAAGGAAAUUAAACAACAGAUUUUGAAAGAUAACAAUGAACAACACCGUAAGCAUGCCAAAUCUUACCGUGGUACAUGCUAA